AUGAUGUCCGAACCCGAGAGUAUGAACCACGAAAGACUUGAAAAUGAUUCUGAGGUGCCUGGAUCCUCUCGUGAGAUGAAUCGGGCACCUCCAGUCAUUCCAUUCCGCGACCCGACCGGAUCCCUGCACGCGAUGAAGUGGGAAAGUCAUCGUCAGACGGGGAGAACGGCACUGAUUCCCGACCGAUACUACGGUCUCUGGCCCGACGGCUUCGUCUUCUACGAACUGGACGAGAUCACGAGUGAGACUGUCCUUGAAACCCGCACGAUCGAGCCGUUGAUCCAGGAGGCGAUGGAGGAGUUCGAGAAUUACACCUGCAUCCGGUUCCUCAAGAGGAAUGGCAACCCCAACAUCAACAACUACUUAUUCAUUCGUGGAGAUGCCAUCGGGUGUUGGAGUUACAUGGGGAUGAACGAACUGGGCCCUCAGGAUCUCUCAAUCGAGAUGGGGCAAUGCGAUCGGAAGGGGAUCAUCAUGCACGAACUCAUGCAUUCCCUCGGAUUCUACCACGAACACGUGAGAUUCGACCGAGAUGAAUACGUGAAGGUCCACUGGGAAAACAUCAGUCCAGGUCGGGAGGAGGAAUUCUACGCGGUGACCCUGAACGACUCGCAGGAUCUCGGGGUGGAGUACAGUUUCGAGUCCAUCAUGCACCCGGAACUGACGGUGUUCACGGGGAACGGACGUUUGACCCUGGAACCGAUCGGGGAAUGGGCCGGCACGGACCCCGGUCCCCUCUGGGCCAAGGGGCGACUCGCUCCCUCCGACAUCGUUCAGAUCGACCGUCUCUACGAAUGCUCCGACGACGGAUCUUCCACGCGAUCGUGA